AUGGCACCCAGUCGCGAAUCAUUCACAGACAGAGCGUACAACGCUAUAGAGAAGGCAGCAGAUGAAGCAGAAGAACAUGGCCACCCGCAAGUGGUACCCGCCCACCUUGCCUAUGUGCUCAUAAACGGAGACGACGAGGAAGGGCAAGACACCGUGCCGCUCUUCAAGCAGGCUAUUGAAAAGGCCGGUGGAGAUGGAGACUCGGUGAUUCGAUUCCUGAAGAAGACCAUCGUCCGCCUACCCGCCCAGUUUCCCGCCGUCUCCCAAGUAGCAGUCUCCUCGGCCCUCACCGAGAUCAUGGCUGCAGCAUACAAACUAUCCAAGAAGCAGAAGGAUUCUUAUGUUGCAAUCUACCACCUUAUUUCCGCCCUUGUGCAGGACCGAACCAUCGAACAGGGUCUCAAAGAAGCCGGCGUUCCAGAUAUGAGCAAGAUCGACCAGGCUCUAACGGAACUGCGAGGCUCGAAGAAGAUCGAUAACAAGACCGCAGACUCGACAGACGGCGGCAACGAAUGGCUGAAGAAAUUUACUGUUGAUAUGACGGCCUUGGCCAGGGAAGGGAAAAUCGACCCCGUCAUUGGCCGAGAGGAAGAGAUGCGGCGAGUUAUUCGCAUCUUGAGUCGACGAACCAAGAACAACCCCGUCCUCGUCGGUGAGCCUGGUGUUGGGAAGACGACCGUUGUCGAAGGCCUCGCGAGACGCAUCGUCAACUCGGAUGUCCCCACCAGCUUAGCCAAGUGCAAACUGCUGUCUCUCGACAUCGGCAGCCUGAUUGCUGGAGCCUCUUUCCAGGGCCAAUUCGAAGAAAGAAUCAAAAACGUUCUAAAGGAAAUCGAGACAUCCGACACGACAAUCAUCCUCUUUAUCGAUGAGAUCCACAUGCUCAUGGGCGCUGGCGCCUCCUCCACUGGUGGAAUGGAUGCCGCCAACCUUCUAAAACCAAUGCUUGCCAGAGGCCAGCUACACUGCAUCGGAGCAACGACCCUCAACGAAUAUCAGAAAUAUAUUGAAAAGGACUCCGCUUUCGAACGUCGUUUCCAGCAAGUCCUGGUCCCUGAACCAACUGUCCCCGAGACCAUAUCUAUCUUGCGAGGACUCAAGGAACGUUACGAAGUACACCAUGGAGUCAACAUCCUCGACUCGGCCAUCGUCUCCGCCGCCACCCUCGCUGCUCGCUACCUCACCUCACGACGACUUCCUGAUUCUGCAGUUGACCUUAUUGAUGAGGCUGCUGCCUCUGUCCGGGUAACCCGCGACUCUCAGCCAGAGGCCCUUGACCUCUUGGAAAGACGCUAUCGCCAGCUCCAGAUUGAAAUCCACGCACUCGAACGAGAAAAGGAUAAAGAUUCCAUGAUGCGACUUGAACAUGCCAAAAAGGAAGCCGAGUCCGUCAAUGCAGAGUUGGUACCACUUCGGGAAAAAUAUACCAAGGAGAAGCAACGCAGCCAGGAAAUCCAAGAGGCUAAGAUUAAGCUGGACUCACUCAAAGUACGACUCGACAGCGCCACAAGAUCUGGAGACACCUCCAGAGCAUCUGACCUGGCCUAUUAUGCCAUCCCCGAUGUGGAAAAGCGAAUCAUCGCCAUGGAGCGUGCAAAGGCCAAGGCCGACGCCGAAGCUCGUGAGAAGACUGGAGGAGAGUCUGACUCGCUUGUGGUUGAUGCAGUCGGACCCGAUCAGAUCAAUGAGAUCGUUGGCCGAUGGACAGGUAUCCCAGUCACCCGACUGAAGACAACGGAAAAAGACAAGCUGUUGCACAUGGAACAGCAACUCACAAAAACCGUUAUCGGCCAAAAGGAGGCAGUUAGGUCCGUGUCAAAUGCAAUUCGACUGCAACGAUCUGGUCUCAGCAAUCCCAAUUCGCCCCCGAGUUUCCUGUUCUGCGGACCAUCAGGAACCGGAAAGACCCUUCUGACAAAGGCUCUUGCAGAGUUCCUAUUUGAUGACCCCAAUGCCAUGAUCCGUUUCGACAUGUCCGAAUACCAGGAACGCCAUUCACUGAGUAGGAUGAUAGGUGCGCCACCCGGAUACGUUGGCCAUGAUGCCGGCGGGCAAUUGACUGACGGGCUACGGCGUCGCCCAUUCUCAAUCUUGCUAUUCGAUGAAGUUGAAAAGGCCGCAAAGGAGGUCCUUACCGUCCUCCUACAGCUGAUGGACGAUGGCCGAAUUACCGAUGGCCAGGGCCGCAUCAUCGACGCUAAAAAUUGCAUAGUCGUCAUGACCUCCAACUUGGGCGCAGAAUACCUCAGCCGCCCAACCCUUCCUGACGGAUCCAUUGACCCAACCACCAAACAACUCGUCAUGGGUGCAUUGAGGGACUACUUCCUUCCCGAAUUCCUGAACCGCAUAUCCAGUACUGUCAUCUUCAACCGUCUACCAAAACGCGAGAUUCGCAAGAUCGUCGAUGUCAGAUUAGCCGAGAUCCAGAAACGGCUUGACGAUAAUGGCCGCAGGGUGAAGAUCGAGUGCGCUCCCGAGGUUAAAGACUACCUUGGAAAGGCAGGAUACUCGCCUGCAUACGGUGCUCGACCGCUGGCCCGACUUAUCGAGAAGGAACUUCUGAACAACCUGGCCGUCUUUAUCUUGCGAGGCAGCAUCAAGGAUGGCGAGGUUGCUCGGGUCGUGAUGCAUAACGGGCGAAUCACAAUUGUCCCCAAUCAUGAAGAUGAUGCGGAUGCCAUGGAAACAUCAUCUGAUGAGGAGAACUAUGAUACCGAAGAGGAAAUGGACGAAGAUGAAGACGACAAGCUCUAUGACUGA